GCCAGUGAUCCCAUGUAGCGUUCUUUUAUAUUAACAACCAACGGCAGUUCACAAUAAUAUCCAGUUCAGUUUCAUGUUAACACCAAAUGAUGUAUACCAUCAUUGUGGUAUAGUAAUUAGAGUAUACAGGUCGUAACAAUCGUGUCUAACAAUCUAAGUUGUCACGUGUUCAGAGUCAGCAAGGUGAGCACAUUUUCCAACCAGACAAGCUCGUGCGAGAAAACCCUCGCCUAGACGAUGGAGAUGGCUGAGGAAAAGGACACCGACGAGCAGGUGAGGGAGCUGGCGCGGUUGCUACAGGCCGGCGACUUCUCACAGGUGGCGCUACAGGCCGUGAUGGACUGCCGCCAGCAGCAGGAGGAUGAUACAAAGAAUGCUGGGAGGAUGCAAACCGUGCUUUAUAUGCUCACCCACUACUGCCCGCAGACGCAGGAGGUCACGGGGUCAUUGCGGCAGAACGUUGAGUCACUGCUUCUGUCCCCCACCACCCGACUGAGUCACGUGGUGACGGACGACCCGGCCAGGUUACGUGUGGUGACGUUCCUUGGAAACGUACUGGAGCAUGCGCAGACCAAGCUGUUGAUGAAGUCGCAGCAGACGGUGGUGGGUUACGUCGCCGGCGACUGGCCUCGUCUGGAGCGGGUGCUGCGGCAGGCCAUCCAUUGCACGAGAGACACGUACCCGGCUUUUCUCCAGGUGGCGCUGGCAGCGGACAGACUACUCGUCAGGUGUUUCCCCAAAGAAGCGAAGAAGUUUUUGGAGGACAUGGCUCACGCUGCCGAGAUGUUCGGGACGUCACGUGACCAUGCUGUGCUGUGGGGCUUGACGGGAAAUGCUAUGACCCAAUAUGAAGGCACAGACUGGGACGAGGCUCUUGGCCGAGUGAGAGAUUCCGUCAGCAAACUGUCAGAAGCAGAGCCUUGUGUACAUUACGCGCGCAUGCUGUUUGACCUCGGUGUUAUUCACCUCCGCCUGGGUCAACAUGAUGAAGCUUAUAGGUACUUCAAGAUGGCGAGAGGCCUUUCUCCAGACGCUGCUCAUGAAUCACAGGUGGUGUACUUCCCCAUCAGACUUCGCUGCUACCUGUCAUUGCCAUUAAUCUUUAAAGGUAAACUGACAGAGGCAAAGAAUUUGGUGGAAGAAGCUCUGGAGCUAUGUUCCCAGCUCACGACCUAUCAUCCAGACAGAACAACACUAAUUAAUAACCUUGGUCUCAUCUACGAACGCAGCAGUGACAAUCAGGACCUGGCGCUGCAUUUUUACCGACAAUCUCUGCAGGAGAGGAGAGGCCUCCUCAGCGUACCACCUUCAGACCUCGUUCCUUUGAUUAUCAACGUGGGCAUGCAGUACAGCAGGAGAGGAAAAUAUGUCGAUGCAGAGGUCCACCUUCAAGAUGCAUUGGAGAUUCGGAAACAGUGUGGAUGGCUGCACUACGACACAGCUUUAACCCUAAAGAACCUCGCACGAGUCUGCAUCUUGAGACAAGACUUCCAGAAGUGCGGCGGACUAUCUGCUGAAGUCCAGGAGCAUCCUAGCAAAGUGCACUCCUCAGCAUGAACAGCGCGGUCACGUGUCACUGUUCUUGGCCCAUGUGUACGUCACACCGCCCCUCUAUGACGCCGGCCAGGUGAGUCGCUACCUGCAGGAGGUCCUGGAGGUGCUUGAUGUCAGGCAGCAGAGCCGCAGCUCGUCAGGCACGUUGAUGGUGUUGUCAUGUGCGGAGCAUUGCAUGCAGCUGGGCGGCUGGCGUUGGAGCGAGGUGGACCCCUACCUGAAGGUGGUUGAACAGCUGCUGAAGCAGUUUGAAGGCGACCUGUCUCCACAGCUCAAGGAGCACCAAGUCAUUUUUGAAAAAGUCAAGAAACUAGAAGGACAAGGGGACACCAUCAAAGCCGAGCAGCUGGAGGAACUGACGUCACACGUGGUGUCCG